UAACAGUCUUCUUGGAUGCGGAAUAAAUCGUCUACUCUCACGACCCUAAUUUUUAUUGUGGCGCGAUCCAUUUAUUCUUUUCUUAUUAUUUCUCUUUCAUUUCUUGUGGUUAAAUUGCGUCCGGUGGUCGAUAGGCAUCGUUGCAUGACGUCUCAAAUCGGGAAUGAUCACCGAUCAUUGCCGUCUCUCCGAUGGGACGCAAGUGAAAACUCUCAGCUAUCUCGUAUAAGGUACAACACACUCGACAGUGAGAAACCAGUUGGUCGGUGCUAGUUGUUCGUGAAAGAAGCCAAACGAUGUACGCGGCUGUAAUAGAACGACUGAUACCGUGUCUUCUUGUCUGGUCUGCUUUUGGACAGUCAGAAGUCGAGAGCACUGCGCCCUGCAUUGAUCACAACAAAUUUUACAGGAAUCCAAAAACUCCGUCUCACAGAGUAUGGGCAACUACCGAGUGCGCCAAGUAUUACUUGUGCCUAGACGAUGAAGUUUUUGAAUUUAAAUGCUCGCAAGGACUACUCUUUGAUGUCUCACGACAGAUUUGCGAUUUCAAAGGAAACGUCGAUAAUUGUGAUAUAGCUUUAGAGGAACAGCCUCCGAAACCGUUACUGGACAAAGGUCAUUGUGACAAGGGUAACUUAGCCUGUGGCGAUGAAACGUGUUUGCCAGCCACUUAUUUCUGCGACGGAAGUGUAGAUUGUCCAGAUGGUUCUGAUGAGGGAUGGUGCGAUGUAACUAAUGAUCCAAACGCAGCUGGUAUCUGUGUACCAGAAAAAUGUAAGGUACCAGACUGUUGGUGUUCGAAAGAUGGUACCAAAAUACCAGGAAAUCUAUCAGUCAAUUUGAUACCUCAAAUGGUAUUAAUUACCUUUGAAGACGCAGUCAACGCAGAGAAUUUUAAUCUCUAUACCGAACUGUUUACGGAUGACAAAAAGAAUCCUAAUGGGUGUCCGAUUCGUGCUACUUUCUUCGUAAGUCAUCAAUAUACAAAUUACCGCGACGUCCAAUUUCUCUGGAACGCUGGUCACGAAAUCGCUGCGCAUUCUGUAACCCAUCGUGGACCGGAAGAAUGGUGGUCGCAAAAUGCCACCAUAGAAGAUUGGUUCGAUGAGAUGGUUGGCGUUGCGAAUAUUAUAAAUAAAUAUUCUGGAGUCCGCAUGGAGGAUAUUAAAGGACUACGAGUUCCAUUCCUACGUCUUGGCUGGAACAGGCAAUUCUUAAUGAUGACAGAAUUCGGAUUUGAAUAUGAUACCUCAAUGGUGGCACCGUUCUCCGAUCCGCCAAUAUGGCCAUAUACUAUGGACUAUAGACCACCCCAUAAGUGUGUGGGACUUGGACAAAUUUGCCCCAGCAGAUCAUAUCCAGGAAUUUGGGAAAUACCCUUAAAUCCACUUCUUGUACAUCAGGAAUUCACUUGUCCCACGGUGGACUCGUGCCCAGCCAAUCUCUCUGGUGAAGAUGUGUAUAAAAUGUUUAUGCACAAUUUUGAAAGGCAUUAUCGCACCAAUCGCGCACCUUUUGGAUUGCAUUUUCAUGCAGCCUGGUUUCAAAAUCCCGCAUACCGUUAUGCCUUCGGGAAAUUCAUCGAGGAUAUUUUACGAUUACCGGAAGUUUAUUUUGUGACCAAUCAUCAAGCCAUUGAGUGGAUACGGAAUCCUACUACAAUUGAGAAUUUGCAUAAAUUCGAAGCAUGGUCUUGUGCUGAUCGGCGAUUUGAGCCACGUGAGUUGGCUUGCGAUCUACCCAGUGCUUGUAAACUACCUAGUAGAGUUUUAAAGACAGAUCGAUAUUUGCAUACUUGUUUCGAGUGUCCGAAACAAUACCCCUGGUUAAGAAACGAAUUUGGUUUGGAUUGAUAGAAUUUCACUUUAUAUAGAAAACAAGUAUAUAGUCUCACUAAAAGACAUAUAUCUUAUAUAGAUAUCACAAUUCAUAUCAUGAUUCACAGAUUUAAAUGAGGUGAUUGAAAAAAUGACAUGCGUAAUUCUCAUAACAUAAAUCAAAAUUAUACCAUAUAUAAAAUCUUUUAGCUAUAAGACCAUGUACCUUUUUAGUAUAGCCAUAUUUAUUAUUGUACAAAGCUGGAGUUCAUAAAAAAAAUCCGGAGGAAUGCAUUGUAAAUGAACGCGAAAUAAAUAAAGAUUUGUUGGAAACAAAAA